UUUAUCUGAUAAACAAUCAUCUGACACUUUCUCUCUCUGUGAAAAUCCUUUUUCUUUUUCCAUUUUUUUCUUGUAUUUGUUUCAUGGUAUACAGAGAAAAGACAGCCCAAAGGGGAAAAAGAAAAAAAUAAUGGCAGUCGUAUAUGUUCAUUGGUUGGUGGAGCAAUAGCAAAGCGAUAGAGGGAAAGGGGAAGAAAGCAAACAGCAAGGGCAAAGAGCACUAAAUAGUACAAGUAGUCAGCAGCACGAAACUCUCUCCUCUUUCCUUUCAUUUCCUUCCUUUUUCUCUCCCAUUACUCAUCACCUAGUGAAAAUUUCCUCUACUACUCAACCGUAUUCCAUUGAUGUAAAACAUAUAUUCUUCUGAACCAAAAAUAUCUAUAAAUGCCCAUUACUUCUUACUAAUACACUUAGAUUGUACAAAGGAGAGUGCCCCAAAUGCAAAAUAGUAGCAGUACUUGUAUUUUGGGUUUGUGAGUGAGAAUAAAGAUCUGGGCUUUUUCUUUUGUUUUGAAAAAAAGGUACUUGUAGGUGAGGGACUGGGAUAAAAAUAAAUCAUUAUAGCUGAGAUCUGGUGGGUGUUUUUGGUUUCUGAGGUUAGUGGUUUACAGCUUUGAGGAACUCAAGGAGAUAAAAGCUGUUGUUUUGUUGUCACACUUUAAGGAACAAAAGUCUGUGUGUUUUGGGAGCUGAAAAGUGGGGCUGAAGUGUUGGAAACAUAGAAAAGGAGAAGACUAUGUUGUUUUAACGUUAAGGUUUUGGAUCAAGAGAAAGAACACUUGGUUAUUUUCUUUUGGGUGGGGAAGAAGAAGAUAGGAGGCGGAUGAGGCUGAAAGCGAUUGUCUUUUGUACUAAAACCGGUUUCGGUUGAAUAAAAAAAAAAAGACAAGUGUUGGGACUUGUUUUCUUUGUUCUGUUUUUUCUUAAAGCCUUUUGCUCAAUUGGAGUUGAUUCUUGUCAAGGCAUUUUUUUUUGUGUGGAGACAAAGGAGUAAAGAAAGGUUUUGGAGGACUUCGGUCUGGUUAAAGGAGGGGGUUUGGGGUGGUGAUCUUUUUUUUCUCUUUUGAGGGUACAAACUUGGAUUUAAAGGUGUUACUGAAACUUAUCUAGAAAAGAAAAAUGAGACUUUCUUCAGCUGGUUUCAAUCCACAACAUCAGGAAGAUCCUGCAGGGGAAAAGAGAGUGUUGAACUCUGAGCUUUGGCAUGCAUGUGCGGGACCACUUGUUUCUCUACCUCUGGUGGGAAGUAGGGUUGUUUAUUUCCCACAGGGCCAUAGUGAACAGGUAGCUGCAACAACCAAUAAGGAAGUGGAUGGCCACAUACCAAACUACCCGAGCUUACCUCCGCAACUGCUUUGUCAGCUUCAUAAUGUUACCAUGCAUGCAGAUGUUGAAACAGAUGAAGUGUAUGCACAAAUGACCUUGCAACCACUGACUCCGCAAGAACAAAAGGAGGCUUAUCUGCCCGCAGAAUUGGGUACUCUCAGCAAACAGCCAACAAAUUAUUUCUGCAAAACGUUAACAGCCAGUGACACAAGUACUCAUGGAGGGUUCUCUGUUCCUCGCCGUGCAGCUGAAAAAGUGUUUCCUCCACUGGACUUUUCCCAGCAGCCUCCAGCUCAAGAGUUGAUCGCAAGGGACUUGCAUGAUAAUGAAUGGAAAUUUAGGCAUAUAUUUCGGGGCCAGCCCAAAAGGCACCUCCUGACAACAGGAUGGAGUGUAUUUGUAAGUGCUAAAAGACUUGUUGCGGGUGAUUCAGUGCUUUUUAUCUGGAAUGAAAAAAAUCAAUUACUUCUUGGAAUCCGGCGAGCUAAUCGACCUCAAACUGUAAUGCCUUCGUCAGUCUUAUCAAGCGAUAGCAUGCACUUAGGAAUUCUUGCUGCUGCUGCUCAUGCAGCUGCAACAAAUAGUCGGUUCACUAUAUUUUAUAACCCAAGGGCUAGUCCAUCAGAAUUUGUCAUACCUCUCUCGAAAUAUAUCAAAGCUGUUUAUCAUACUCGAGUGUCUGUUGGUAUGCGUUUUAGAAUGCUGUUUGAAACUGAAGAAUCAAGCGUUCGUCGUUACAUGGGGACGAUAACUGGCAUAAGUGACUUAGAUCCUGUUCGGUGGCCAAAUUCACAUUGGCGAUCAGUCAAGGUUGGUUGGGAUGAAUCAACAGCUGGUGAAAGGCAGCCAAGAGUUUCCUUAUGGGAGAUUGAACCGUUGACGACAUUCCCAAUGUAUCCAUCUCCAUUUCCAUUAAGGCUUAAGCGCCCAUGGCCUCCGGGAUUACCUUCUUUCAAUGGAAUCAAGGAUGAUGAUCUAGGCAUUAGUUCUCCUCUUAUGUGGCUACAAGGAGAUGCAGCUCAAGGAAUGCAGCAUCUGAAUUUUCAAGGGAUUGGAGUUACACCAUGGAUGCAGCCAAGGCUAGAUGCCUCCAUGCUGGGUUUGCAAACUGAAAUGUACCAAGCUAUGGCUGCUGCUGCAUUGCAAGAGAUGAAAACUGUGGAUCCUUUCAGAUCAGCAGCUACUUCCCUUCUGGAUUUCCAGCAACCCCAGAAUGUCACCUGCAGGCCUGCUGCUCUGAUGCAGCCCCAGAUGCAGCAGCAGUCUCAGCCUCAGGCCAUUCUUCAGGGUGUUGUCGAAGACAACCAGCCUCAAACUUGGCCACAUCUACUUCAGCAACAAUUGCAACAUCAGAGUUCGUUUAGUAACCAACAGCAGCAGCAGCAGCAGCAGCAGCAUCCAUUGUUUAAUAGCCAACAGCAACAGCAGGCCCAGCAUCCGCUGUUUACUAAUCAACAGCAACAACAGCCACAGCAUGCACUGUCACAGCAACAGCAUAUUUCUAGUGCAGUGUCUGGCAUUUCACUGUAUGCUUCAGCCUCUCAAUCCCAGUCAUCUCCAUUGCAAUCCAUACCUUCACUAUGCCAGAAAGCGAGUUUUUCUGAUUCCAAUGGGAACCCUGUGACCAGCACUGUCGUUUCCCCUUUGCAUAGUCUUUUGGGUUCCUUCCCCCAAGAUGAAUCUUCCAAUCUGCUCAACCUGCCACGAACUAACCCCACAGAAACUUCUGCUGCAUGGCCAUCUAAGCGAGUUGCUGUUGAUGUUCUCUCAUCUGGGUCUCCACAGUGUGUUCUACCACAGGUGGAACAGUUGGGGCCGUCCCAAACAAAAAAUUCUGGAAACACUAUCUCAUUGCCUCCGUUUCCUGGCAGGGAAUGCUCGAUAGACCAAGGGGGUACAAAUCCACAGAGCCAUUUCUUAUUUGGUGUUAAUAUAGAGCCUUCAUCUGUUCUAAUGCAGAAUGGGAUGACAGGCCUUAGGGGAGUUGGCGCUGAUAGUGAUUCGACUUCUAUACCCUUCUUUUCUAAUUAUAUGAGUACUUCUGGGACUGAUUUUUCCAUUAAUCCAGCAAUGAAACCUUCAAGUUGCAUUGAUGAAUCUGGAAUCUUGCAGUCUCAGGAAAAUGCGAGCCAAGGAAACCCACAAACUAGAACCUUUGUUAAGGUUUAUAAAUCAGGGUCCUUCGGUAGAUCAUUGGAUAUUUCUGCAUUCAGCAGCUACAAUGAGCUCCGCAGUGAACUCUCUCAUAUGUUUGGCCUUGAAGGCCAGUUGGAGGACCCCCUGAGAUCAGGCUGGCAGCUUGUAUUUGUUGACCGAGAGAAUGAUGUUCUUCUCCUCGGCGAUGACCCCUGGCCGGAGUUUGUUAACAGUGUCUGGUGUAUCAAGAUACUUUCCCCGCAGGAAGUGCAACAAAUGGGCAAACGAGGCCUGGAGCUUCUAAACUCCGUGCCAGUUCAGAGGCUCUCAAAAGGCAGUUGUGAUGACUACGUGAACCGACAGGACUCGAGAAAUCUCAGCUCUGGUAUCGCCUCUGUUGGUUCUUUGGACUACUGA